UAAUAACGAGAAAUUAAGCAUAAUAUAAAUAUAACUAAAUAGGUAUAUACCAACAUAAAUCACAUUCAUACCAUUUAAAUUUGUGAGCAUAAGUAUUUUUUGUGCGUUUACUUAUUUCUCUUGUAAACUUAUACUCGAGAAAUGUUUAAGUCGGUAAAGUUAAUAUUGAGAAGUGUACCGUUUCACUCGUAUGACCAAUACAGAUGUGCAACCCAGGUUCUACCGCAAUUAUCUUCGGAAAAAUAUAAAUUAGUAAGAAAAAACUAUGCAAGAGUACAAGAUAUCGAUUUAAAUUAUUUUAAAUCCAUACUAGAUGAAAACAGGGUUAUAACCAACGAAUCGGAUCUGCUGCCUUACAAUAUAGAUUGGGUAAAAAAUUGUAGAGGUCAAUCAAAGGUGGUCCUAAAACCGUCAAGCGUGCAUGAAGUGUCCCAGAUAUUGUCAUACUGCAAUGAAAAACGACUCGCAGUAUGUCCGCAAGGCGGUAACACGAGCGUGGUGGGUGGGUCGGUGCCAGUUUUCGACGAAAUUAUCCUUAACAUGACGAAUUUGAACAAGAUUUUAAGUUUAGAUGAUAUUUCUGGUGCUCUGGUAUGCGAGGCUGGGUGCAUUUUGGAGACAUUGGACAAUUUCGUACGUGACCAAGGGCUGAUCAUGCCACUGGACCUGGGAGCUAAAGGCACCUGCCAUAUCGGUGGAAAUGUCAGCACGAACGCUGGGGGCUUAAGACUAGUGCGAUACGGGAAUUUGCACGGAUCUGUGUUGGGGCUAGAAGCUGUAAAAGCCGACGGAUCUAUCGUAGAUUGUCUCAAAUCAUUGAAAAAGGAUAACACGGGGUAUCACUUGAAGCACUUAUUCAUAGGGUCUGAGGGUACUUUAGGUGUAGUCACUAAAGUAGCAAUUCACUGCCCUUCUAUGCCUAAAGCUGUUACCAUUGGUUUGUUUGGCGUAAAUAGUUUUGAUGAUGUCCUGAACCUGUACAAAAAUGCUAAAGCUUCGCUCGGAGAGAUUAUAUCGGCGUUUGAAAUGAGCGACCAUGAAGCCAUUAAUGGCUCUGCGAAGUACUUAAACCGAAGGUUACCUAUACCCGAAUAUCCGUAUUACGUGAUAAUUGAAACUCACGGGAGCAACGAAGCUCAUGACGAGGAGAAACUUAGUAUGUUUCUAAAGAAGGAAAUGGAGAGCGGGUUAAUCCUAGACGGAACUGUAACAUCGGAAACGAAAAAGAUGCAGCACAUCUGGAGUUUCCGCGAGAGUGUACCAGCUGCGGACAUGAACAACAGUUAUCUUUACGCGUACGAUGUGUCAUUACCUCACAAACAUUAUUACGAGCUCGUGCCAAUUCUGCGCAAGAGACUGGGCGAUAAAGUUCUGAGGGUUAGCGGCUUUGGUCAUAUAGGAGACGGCAACGUGCACAUCAAUAUAGUUACUCCAAAAUACAGCCAAGAAGUGACUGAUAUCGUGGAGCCAUUUAUCUUCGAAGAGGUCGCUAAACGGCAAGGAUCCGUGAGCGCCGAGCACGGGAUGGGCUUGAAGAAACCGCACUACAUGCACUUUAGUAAGGACCAGUCGGCCAUAGAACUCAUGAAGGUAUUAAAGCAGCUGAUGGAUCCAAAUGGAAUUUUAAACCCAUACAAAGUGUUACCGGAACAUUAGAUAUUGUUUAAAAAUAUGGUUCUAACUAUUAAAUGCAAACCUUUACCUAUUGAUAUGUUUGAUUCGUGUGGUACCUAUAUUCCCCAUCCCUUCGAUAGAUCAGCUAUUUUCUACAUACUCUCAUCUCAUGAUAUGGACAUAGAUAA